AUGAAAUUUAUCGCAUUAGUCUCAGGAGGUAAAGAUUCGUGUUACAGCAUACUUCAUAGCAUUCGCCAAGGUCAUGAACUAGUUGCCCUUGGAAAUCUGCAUCCUGGUGAUGUGUCGCAACAAGAAUUGGACAGUUUUAUGUUCCAGACUGUUGGCCACGAUGUUGUGACUUGGUAUGAGAAAUGCACAGGCUUACCAUUGAUCCGCCGACAUAUUCACCCACAGACUUCCAAGAAUGUCUCUCUCAACUACUAUCCUACGGAAGAAGAUGAAAUCGAGGAUUUGUACGAGUUAUUGAAGGAUGCUAAACGUCAGAUACCGGAGUUAGAGGCAGUCAAUGCUGGAGCUAUUUUGUCUUCUUACCAAAGAACACGAGUUGAGAACGUGUGCAACAGACUUCAGCUAACACCAUUGAGCUAUUUAUGGCAACGCGAUCAGGAAGAGCUUAUGACCGAAAUGUGCUCGAUGUCGAAGCGUGUCGACUGCAUGAACGACCAGAAAAUGGAUGCCAGGCUUAUCAAAACUGCUGCAGUUGGACUUGAUCAGAGCUCUUUGGGAAAGUCUUUGCCACAAGUUUUCCCUCUCUUGCAAAAACUAAGCAAGAUGUUUGAAGUUCACAUUUGUGGGGAGGGCGGAGAAUUUGAGACUAUGGUUUUUGAUGCUCCCUUCUUCACAAAAGGAUAUCUAGAGCCUCAUUUGUUAGAAGUAGACGGUAGCGAGAGUCUAGGCGGAGUUUACAAUUCAAAAAUAGCGGUCAAAUUCAUCGAGCGCACGGAUUCGAUAUCUAUGGUACAAGCUCUCCAAGAUUUGCCGGUUCCUCCAGCUUUGGGGGAAAUGUGGAUUGAAUUAGCAAGGGAAAUCGAAGUUCCAGAUGUCUCAAGUAAAAGUGUCAACUGUAAGACGGAACAAACGGUCGCUCAUAAUCCAGUUGUGUCAGUCAGACGCGUCGGAACACAAAUGUACAUUUCGAACUUAAGACCUAGGAGCGGUAACUCUCCCGAGUCAAAGACUAACGAUGUAUUUGAGCAAUUGGACAGCAUCCUAGACAAAAACGGAUUCAGCGCAAGUCAAAUUCUGUCCGCUUCAUUAUUGCUAGACGAUAUGAGCAAUUUUGGUGCCAUUAACUCAGUAUACAAUGAAUAUUUCCAAGUCAGUAAACGAGGCCCACUCCCACCCGCUAGAGCAUGUGUGGGGAGCUCCGCAGUGGGAGCCACGCUUCAACUUUCGGUAAUUAUAGAUACCGAAGCGACAGUUAAGAAAUUCAAUGGCAUGGUACUCAAUGAAACAAAGAGCGGGUUACAUGUCCAGGGAAGAUCAUACUGGGCUCCUUGCAACAUAGGGCCUUAUUCACAGGCGAUUUGGAAAAAGAAUGACGUGAAUCAGGUCAGCUUCAUUAGCGGGCAGAUAGCCUUGGACCCUGCAUCAAUGGUAUUGACAGGAGCAUUGGACGAGGGUUUAACGGAAGACACUUCUCAAGUUGUUUUAUCUUUACGUCACUUUGACACUCUGAAGGAGACGGUUGGAGCUCCGCAUCAGGUCACAAUGGUGUGUUUCGUGUCAGAAGCAUCAUUAGUGCCCAUGAUAUCCAAAGUAUGGUCUCUUUACUCUCAAGGUAUGCGGUCGAUAUCUGAAAAUUGGAUGGAACGGCCUUCUGAAGACCCUAGAAGCCUAAUGAUUGUUAAAGUUUCAGAGCUUCCGCGACAGGCUAAAUGCGAGUGGGGAGGUAUUGCUUGUCGUCAGGCCGAAGCACUUUCGGACGAUUAUACAGAAAGCGACGAAGAAAACAAUGGCUCUACAAAAACCACCAUCCCCUCACUUCCGCAGCAAUUUGAAUACUAUCGGACGUCUGUCAUAAAUUCCUCAAGAACUCGACACUACUACACUGGUUACAUCGACUCUCAUAGUGAACUUGUGUCUUUUCUUGGGGAACUUCAAGACGCCCAAAUGACCGUUUAUCACCGCCCAACGGAUGAUCAACUUUUUGACAAUACCAAAACUGGAGUUGAGCUCUUCCCUGUCGAGAAUGUCUAUGAUUCCACUGGAAGAGAAAGGCUUUUUGGUUUCCAACUGAUAUUCUAG